AUGAAAUAUUUCAUCGUUUUAUUAGCCCUCACGUCUGCAGUUGCUGCUUACGAUCAGAAUAUCACUGUCAAAGGAACUGUAAUCUGCGAGAAGCGCAGAUACAAAGAUGUUACAGUCCAGCUCUGGGAAAGAGAUCGAUUCGAUCCCGACGAUCUGUUGAAAGAGAUGAAGACCAACAGCGAAGGAGACUUCCUGAUCACUGGAGGCGAAAACGAAGUUACAGCUAUUCGCCCUUACCUCAAGAUUAUUCAUCAAUGCAAAGUUAAGAGUAAAGACUGUACCAGAACUACGGAAUACGAAAUUCCCAAGGAGUACAUCAACAAGUCUCCAUACGACAUGACAUACAUCAAUUUGGACAUUUAUUCAGCUGUUGACAAUGAGAAAUGCUAA